AUUUUUACUAUAGCUAAGGUGUCGCGGCCAGUGGCAGUGGACAAAGCUCGGAGCCGUGGCAAUCGCAUACUCAAGCGGACAUCCGUAGUAAUCAGGUCCGCUCACUCCGCAACUCCUACGCGCAAGUAGCGGCAGUGCACGGCCGUUUCAAGCCAACAACUGCUGUCUGCUGCGCGGCGACUGAUCGCCUGGUGCGCGCGAGUCCAAAGCGGGUGCAAGCAGACAACCGCUGCGCGCGGCAUCGCUGUCUGCGGCGCCGCGCAGGCGACCGAGGCCACAAAGCGGUUGCGAGCAAACGACGAUGGCGCCCUUCUGGCAACAAACAACAACAACGACGACCCAGCCGCCGGCCGCGCGCGAGUGGUACGACUACCCCGGCCGCAUCCUCGCCUGGUAUCAACGAGGAGGCGCGCCGCCGCCCGAGCCGCCGCCGUACUCGCGAAACUGGCACAACUCCGGCGUGUUCCUCACGGCUCUGCUCGUCGUCUGCGCGACGCUGGGCGCGGGCACGAUGGGCCUGCUGCACGAGGACACGUACCCCAGGAGGCUCACGCGGCUCCUCACGGACGCGGGCGUCGCGUUCCAGCGGACGGCGCGGACGAUCCAGGAGAUCGAGCGCAAGCUCUUCCACUGCCUCGGGUUACUCGUGCCCUGGGGCUACUACACGCUCUCGACGACGUACAACUACCCGAAGGAGACGUGCGUCUACCUCUGCGUGGCCAUCACGUUGCUGGGCAUUUGUUUCGAUCUGCUGAGGAUACGCGUCUUCCCGGCGAUCAACGACCUGGCCUUCGUCCAGAAAUUACUGAGGUCCGAGGAGCGCGACACGCUCUGCGGCUGCUCGUUCUUCGCCGUGGGCAACAGCAUGGCCAUCAUGCUCGCGCGGCGGCCGGCCGUCGCCGUCACGGCGCUCAUGUACCUCACGCUCGGCGACACGGCGGCGGCGUUAGUGGGUGUGGCCUUCGGGGCGCACCCCAUCAAAAUUAGCAAAACGAAGAAGAAGAGCAUCGAGGGCUCGCUGGCCAUGUUCGCCGUGUGUUGCGGCUCGUGCGGCGUCAUGCUCGCGGACGUGACGCUGGUGGAGUACGUGGCCGUCUUCUCGGCGCUCGUGGCGACGCUCGUGGAGCUCUACGCGCCGUGCGGGGUCAACGACAACCUGGCCAUCCCCGUAUUAUCUGUGGUGGCGCUGGACUUCGCGCUGCAGCGCGUCGGGGCCUACGGGUAAGGGUAUUUAUCAAA